AUGUUGCCAGUAACAUCAAAUAAUAAAAUUCCAACAACAACACUCAAAUUUUUAUCAAGAUUUUUUUGGAAUUAUAAUUCAAAAUUUAAGAAAGAGCAAAAAAUAACAGAAUUAGAAUUAGCAGAAGCAUUAAAUUUAAUUAAACCACAACAGAAUUUACAUCAUAAACCAUCAAUUAUAAAAUCGUUUAAAGAUGGACCAGCUAAUGAAGUUUAUAAAAUAAAAAAUAAUUUAAUACAUGAUUCAAUACCAUCAAUUAAUAAAAGUAAGAAUAAACAUAUAUCAAAUCAAUUCAUUCAAAACAUUUUAUUUGGUAUCAAAUCAUCAUCAAGUAAUAAAUUAGAAUCGAUAAAUUAUCAUCAAUUAUUAAACGAAAUGACUUUAUCAGAAUUAAGGUAUUUUAUAAGAUCAGUAACUGAUGAGAAAACAUUAUUUAAUAUAAUGGUAUUGUUUAAUAGCAAUCACAAAUUAAAUUUGAAAAUCCUAACUGAAAUAAUAUUGAAUAAAAAUUUCAUACACAUUGCCAGAUCACCAAUUAACUUACUCAACCUUGAAAAUGAAACAAAUCUAUCUCAAAUUGACGUUAUCAAGGUCCAAAUAUUAUUAUUGAAAAAAUAUCAAGAUUUGAAAUUGCCUAUAAAUAUAAUUAAAAAUCUAAAAUUAAAUAUAAAUAAUUAUUUAACUAUGAUUAAACAAUCGAAAUUGAAUUCAUUUUAUGAGAGGAUAAUAUGGAGGUUUGUAUAUGAAUAUUUAUUUCAAUUUAGUGAAUUAGAUUACAUGAAAAUGAUAAAUAAUAUACAAAGCUCAUUUAUAAUGUGGGAAGCAUCAUACAGAAACAAUACAAGGAUAACUAAUGAUAUACUAUCUUAUCAUAGUAAAGAGUUGAAUUCUUUACAAACAAUAUUUUUACAAAUUGCCUUAUUGAAAGAUGUCAAUUUAUCUAAUUUAAAAAACCUAUCCAUUAAAUAUAAAAUAUAUCAAUUGGAUCCAAAUAAUAAAAGCAAUAGAAAUAUAAGUUAUGCUUUAAUUACAGAACUAGAGAAAUUAUUAAUUAAAACUAAUCAAAGUCAAGAAGUUAGUCAAAUGCUAGAAAAUCUUGCUAUUUUUAGAAUAAAUUAUAUUUUGAAUAUGUAUAAUAUUCAAAAUGAAGAGAUUAGAAUUGAUAAUGAGCAUUUAAUGAUUGAUAGAUUAUGA